AUGUCUCGUGAGACCGUUUUACAAGCUUAUGCUCUUGGCCCUCCAACGGCAACUGCUUUGAUAGCAGAGACGGUAUCACAGACGGUGCACUGCGGGGAAGUAACCUUCCGACAGGAUACGUUUACCUAUGGCGAGCUGCAGAGCAAAGUUGCGGCCUUAGUGAAGAUCUUGAUGGCCAUAGGCAUCAGGCAAUUUAGCUACGUGGGAGUCGUCUUGGAAGCCUCCGCAAACCUCGUCGUCGCAUUAUUGGGCGUACUACAGAUGCAUGCCACCUAUUUGCCUCUCGCCACCGGGUUUCGUUCCCUCUCCCACACUGCCGCCAUCUUGAUUAAAAUGGACAUGGUUCAUUAUAUCAUAAGCGCGGACGAGUACGCAAAGAAACUCCUAGAUGAGUUGGGCCCUAAUACUCAAGUCAGAGAUCUGGACGACGUUCUUCCGGGCUGCAAAUUACUGCUCAGAACUGGAUCCAAUGAUGCCCUCGCGGGUCAGACAUUUGUGCCUUUCUCACGGGUCAUACAGAAGACCAUGAAACCCAAUAUCAACACCGGAACCUGGCUUAUAUCAUACGGACAUCGGGGACAACUAGGAAAGGAGCGGGAGGUGUUUCCGUCCGCGUUCCCGCCAGAUCCAUCAUCAGCAAUGUUUGCGCCAUCGGGUAGAGCUGCUCCAUCCAAGAUUCCCGCACCCAAUCGCUUAGGAAUGACAAAAAAAGAUCCUCCAGUCAUGGCUUUGGUGUCGGCGCCCACCUUUGAUCCGCACCUUAUCGAAAUCCUGCUGCCCUUGUAUUUGCACGGAAAGAUUUUCAUCCCCUCAAGAUGGACGCUCCAAAACCCGACAGCCUUUCCGGCAGCUCUUCGCAGACACUCGAUUACCCAUCUGUCGAUGACACCGUCGUUAUUCUUGAGAUUCCCACUUGCCGAUCAGAGGCUGAUACUCAGUGGCGAAACUGCCGCUAGGGCCGUCAUCUUGGGUGGUGAAGCGUUUCCAGCUGGACUGACUGAGGUCACGCGGCAAGCAAACUCGGCUGUCGAACUGUGGAACAUUUAUGGGACCACCGAAUGCUCCGUGUGGGCUACAUUGCAACGGGUGGAUAAGCAAGUGGGAAUCGGAUAUGCGUUGGAUGAUACGCAGGUGGAAGUCCGGGAAGUUGUAAAUGGGGUCGGAGAACUAUGGAUAGGCGGAAUUGAACGGGUCUGUUUCGUGGGCGAUGAAAUCGAAGGAAAAAUCUUGCGGAAUACAGGAGAUCUAGUCCGAGUUGAUGAAGCUACCGGCAUCACCUCGUACGUGGGCCGGCAAGACAGUCAAAUCAAGAUAUCUGGCUAUCGCGUGAACACCGAGAUGAUAGCCGCCGCGAUUGAGUCUGUGGAGGGUGUCGCCCGCAGUGAAGUCCUUUUCGCCAAGACCACAGCCGUCGAGGCAGAUGGGUCGUUGAACUCGUCCAAAGGUUCGCUUGUAGGCUUCGUUGUGCUGCAGGGGUCACUUGAUCAAGAUGGUGGAAUUCGAAAGCAUUUGGAGUCCGCACUUCCACUCUAUGCAAGACCAGACGACUUUAUUUUCAUCAACGAGCUUCCGAUGACGCCGCACGGAAAGGCAGACCGAGUGAAGCUCUGGGAAUAUCUUAACGAAAGGUCUGCGUUUGGUCUUCCACCUCAUGCUCUGGCAUCACCCCCAUCCAUCGCAGAGAUGCACGCGAAGCUCUCGAACAUCGUACGAGAUCGGCUCGGGAUUGAAAUUGGAAGCGAAAGACCAUGGUGGUUUCUCGCACAAGGCGGCACAAGUAUUGAUGCGGUCCUAGUCGCCGGUGACUUGCGCAGAUGGUUAGGUGAGAUAUGGAGGUUACUGAGGGUGGGCAAAAAAGGAACUCUCAAGCCGAUUGCAUCGGAAAACAGCAUCCCAUCUGAGGAAAGAUUGUUGAGAGCUCUCCUUCAUGAUAGCAACGAUGGCAUCGUGCGCUUUCUGGCGUCCAGUUUGUCGGCUUCUAGGCACCAAAUCCCAGAGGCGGAGAGCACCCAGUCGACAACACAGACCGCAACAACACUUUUUCGAGCUACUGAAGAUGAAUCGGAUGAAACCGGAUCUCAACCACCACCUAAACGCAGACGGUUUGGAGAGACCUGCAGGAUGUAUGGCCGCGGGAUGAACUCUACUGAUUUAGCUAGCAGUGCCCUGGGCGGUGAUGGGGCGGCAAGUCAUACACAGCCAUCUAUGGACAUUCGAUGGCGGGUGGACCUCAAAAAAUGCGUCGAUGCCUCACCAGUCAUCUGCAUCCGAAGCGCCGAAGGGGCGAGAACACUCAUAGCAUACAUUGGCUCUCACGCCGGCCGAUUCGUUGCCAUCGACGUCGAAAGCGGCGUAACGAGGUGGACUGCACAACUACAAGACCGGAUUGAAAGCUCGGCAUGCAUUACAAACGAUGGGAAACUGGUCAUUGUCGGAUGUUAUGAUGGCAAGAUCUACGCUAUGUCGACGGAAACCGGGGAGAUCAUGGCUACUUUCACGACGGGGGCGGAGGUGAAGUGCUCACCAAUAGUGGAACAAGAGACAAACUAUAUAUGGGUUGGAUCUCAUGACCAUCACCUGUACUGUCUUGAGCUUCUUCCGGCAAUGAAUGCUGAUGCUGCUCUGCGAGUCAUUGACAAGUGGAGUGUCGGAGCUUCUGUCUUUGCCUCCUGUGCGGUCGAUCGAACUCGAAGGAACGUUUUCGCAUGCACCUUGGGCGGGGCGGUCUUGUGCUUCACAUCGAGCUCAAACACUUCACCUGCACUCAAGUGGACGACUCAUGUUCCGUCGAAGAAACCCAUCUUUGCCUCACCAGCUGUAUCCGAAGCACACGGCACGGUCAUUGUAGCGUCCGUCGACAACUUCGUCUACUGCUUCAACACCCAUGACGCUUCGAUACUAUGGACGUUCAAAUGCGGUGGGCCAAUCUUCUCAUCUCCAUGCUUGGCAAGCACCACUGUCUACGUUGGAUGUCAUGACAACAGCGUACGAUGUCUGUCCUUGUUGACCGGGGAGAUACAGUGGCAGGCGAUGAUGAAGGAUGGUGGAGUCUAUGCAACUCCGUACAUAAGCCCGUAUGGAUUGGUCUGCGCUACGAUGAAGGGGGGCCUGAUGGUCUUGGAUAGCGCGAAUGGAAAAAUGCAGGCAUUAUUGACAGUAGGAGGCGAAGCAGGCGUCUUUUCCUCUCCUGUUUGCGUUGGCGAAUGGGUCGUGCUUGGGAGUCGAGACAACGGUGUAUAUGGGAUUUCUUUGGCGCAGUGA